GUCUACUUUCUGUGUACGUAGACAAACUCGAGACACGCUGCCCGGUGGAUGCAGAUUUCACUGAAGGACCAAUGGACCGGUCGAAAGUGAGUCAAGUCCAACUCCCGAACUCCAGCUACGCCCGAACUCCAGCAUUCACUCAUCACUAAACGGCGAUCGAGCUCUGAAAAUUAGCCUCCUGUCUACAUUUGACAGCUACAACUUCAUAAGUAAUCGAUAGCUAAAAGGCUACAAUAAGCUUAAACAAUGGUGGCAAAACAGAGAAUACGCAUGGCCAACGAGAAACACAGCAAAAACAUCACGCUGAGAGGCAAUGUGGCCAAAUCCACGAGAAAUCCAGGUGAUGACAAGGUGGCAGUGGGACCAUGGCUUUUGGCCUUAUUCAUCUUUGUCGUCUGCGGAUCAGCAAUCUUCCAGAUCAUUCAGAGCAUUCGAAUGGGAAUGUAAUAUCAGGAUCCCUACCGUCAUCACCUCUUUCCAGCAUUCCUCUACACAUCAAGUGGUUUCAUGGUGCCUCACAGGAUCAAAGAUGAUCAACUACCAUCUGUCCAUUCCUUUUUUCCUAUUUCUCUUUUCCCCUUUUUGGCAUUGCCAAACGGGGAAAGCACACCCUUGUCAUCUUUGCCUUACAUAACUGAGAAAAAAGAUUGGAGAAUGAUUGAAGGAUUUUGUUUCAGGGAACUACAUGGGUAUUUGUACAGUGAUGACUGCUGUAUGUGUCGAUUGAUGUGCCAAAACCAAAUGGAGUGAAUUUCUGAUAUUCUCCUGUGGUAUAAAUUCCAGAACACAAGACCACAGUGACUUAAUUCUAGAUCUAAACUCUUAACUCUUCUUGGUUGUACACGGACAGUAUCUGGUGUCUUAUAGCCUUCAUAUUAUAAUGAAUAUUAUGUGAUGCCUUUUCCGGAUUUCUUCAGUCAAUGAAACUAAAUGGUCUUUUGAAUCAGAAGAUUUUUGCUAAGACAAAGACAUUCACUAUUUCUGCCUAAACAAACCUCUAAAACAAAUUAAAAAGGUGUAUCCUUGUU